AUGACGUUGAGCACAGUUUUACCAUCUGAAACAGCAUCGAACACACAGACGAUGGAUCUCAACCUACUAAAAUCAUGGAAUCCACAGCUCCAGAAGAACAAAAGCAAGGUCAGAGAAGCCCAGAAGCAGCUACUAAAGGGGGUGAGAAAGCCAGCAACAGAGCCUGAGUUGACGAAGGGAUCGUUGGGCUGGAUGUAUGACGGCCAAGCAAAGCCUCAAAAGCGAUCACGCAGACGCAGAGAACGUCGAAAGAGUCAGAAAGUUCCAGAAGAAGGUUCAAGUGGAUCAACAGGGGCUGGAAGGAUCAGUCCAAGCAAAGAAAAGACAUCUGAUGACAGGAAAGCCGAUGACAGGAAAGCCAAUGUCGCAUAG